AUCACAUAGUAACGAAUUAUUAAAUAAUUUACGUGAAACUCGCUAGAUAUUAUCUAUCAGUUGUCAAUCGACAUUGGCUGAACAACAAGAACGUUUACACUAAAUUUGGCAGUAUGUAAACCAAGUGAUAACUCAUUUCAGACCAAUUUUUCUUUCUUCUACUAUAAACCUAAUUUACAGUGUUUUGAUGUUGUUUACUAAAAAUGGAUAAUAAUGAUGAGAAUAGUGUUAAAAAAAACGAUGGUAACUCAAUAAAAAAGGAGUUUCCCGCUGGCCUGCAGAAAAUAUGUCUUGUUUGUGGUGACAAAGCCCUCGGCUACAACUUCAAUGCCAUAUCAUGUGAGAGUUGUAAAGCAUUUUUUAGACGAAAUGCAUUAACUAGUAAAGAAUUCAAGUGUCCCUUUACGAAUAAUUGUGAAAUUACGGUGGUAACUCGGAGGUUUUGCCAGAAAUGUCGGUUAGCGAAAUGCCUCUCUAUCGGUAUGGUAAAAGAGUUUAUUAUGUCUGAGCAAGACAAAGCAGAAAAAAGAAAAAAGAUAGAGGAGAACCGAGCGAAAAAACGUCAACAUCCUUCACCAGAGGACCUUGUGUCUAGUUCUAAAAUGUCAAAGCGUGAUGAAGAUGUAAAAGCUAACAGUUAUUCACAACAUACUCCUGAGUCCGUAGUGCAGUAUGAUGUACUGAAUAGUACAACUUGUAGUCCGAGCAGUACAACUGUGCAGUCACCAUUGAGCAACGAUUUAGAUUCCUCAUUGCAUUCUCCUCCUGUUUAUUAUGCCACAGUACCAAGUGUGCAGAGUAAUGAACAAUACCCUACGAAAAUUUAUCCUAUUGAUGAAAAGUCAGUAAUAAAUAGAGCAAUAUAUGAUCAUAGAGCACAUGUAGAAACUUACAACAUGUAUGACACUAUAGACAAUAGCAAUUUAUAUGAAGAUCCACCUAAACAAAACAGUAUAAGGUCAUUAUUAACAAACGGUGAUACAGUGACAUAUUCCAGUCCUAAGAUGCAGCACAUCUGUGAAGAGCUACCUUCCACUAGCAGCAAUCCUGAUGUGAAUAAGGCAAGGGAUAUCUUGCAAGAUGUCGAAAGAAUAGAACCAAACUCAAUGGAAUCAAUAUUGUGUGAAGCAAUAAAACUGGAGUUUGAAGCGUACACCUCUGUCAAUCCAUGCAGUGGCUCCUCCAGGGAGCUUAAUGAGGUGGAGCAAGCAAAAUUGAACGAAUUAAUAGUCGCAAAUAAGGCUCAUCACACACCGCUAGAUGAUGAUAUAUCGCAACUUAUCGGAGACACCGCGAAACUUAGGGGUGGUGACGGUAAACACGACCCUCGUUUGAUCACGAUAGUGAACCUUACCGCGGUAGCAAUAAGGAGAUUUAUAAAAAUGGCUAAGAAGAUUAACGCCUUCAAAAAUAUGUGCGAGGAAGAUCAGGUAGCCCUCCUGAAAGGGGGUUGCAUAGAGAUGAUGGUACUCAGAGGUACCAUGUCUUACGACGGUCAAAGAAAUCAAUGGAAGCUGCCGCACUGCCAGGAGCAGUUCGGGUGCAUCCGCUCGGACGUGCUGAAGCUGGCGAAGGGCAACAUCUACAAGACGCACGAGGCCUUCAUCCAGACCUUCCACCAGCGCUGGCGCUCCGACGAGAACAUCAUCCUCGUCAUGUCCGCCAUCCUGCUGUUCACGCCCAACCGCCCGCGCGCCGUCCACCGCGACGUCAUCAAGCUCGAGCAGAAUUCCUACUAUUAUCUAUUGCGAAGAUAUUUGGAAAGCGUAUAUCCCGGCUGCGAAGCCAAGUCCACGUUCCUGAAGCUCAUCCAGAAAAUAUUGGAGCUGAAGAAGCUAGCGGAGGAAGUUACCGGAGUGUACCUUGACGUGAAUCCUAUAGAACCAUUAUUGAUGGAGAUAUUCGACUUGAAAAACCAUGCCGCAUGAAAUUAGGUAAAUUAAUUUACAAAAACGUAUUUAUACACUUUUUCUUUAUCGUGUUUUUCUUGUCAAAAGCUUUUUUUAUUAAAACAUCGUUAGUGUCGCUAGCAUUGCAAAUUCUACUAAAAUAGUAGUUUUGGUAUUGAAAUAAAGUUAAACUGUACACGACUGUAAUGCUUUAAUUAAAAGAUUUAUCAAUUCAGUAAACAGACGGAAGAAAUUGUACCGUGAAAUAAAUUAGUAUGGGCUAUUUUUCUUCAGCAACGUGUUCAGGCAAUUGCACACAUGAUACCAUAAACCUGUAUUGAUAUGCGGAUUGUUGUUUUCUAUGAUGUUCUAUUUUAAUCCACAUCAAAUAGGGAAUAUUACUUACGCAGACACUGAACUAGUCCUGCAUGCCGGCGACAGAAAAUUGUUAUAUGUUAUAAUUAUUUUUUAAUUCCGAUAACAAUAUACUUAGUUACUUUAUAAAGCAUCGAUUUGUACCAAUAUAAAUAAUGGAUACAAUGCUCUUAGGGCUGAGGAAAAUACUUCUGGACCAAUAACUGAAAACUAACCGUGUGUUGAAAUUAGACUGAACCAAAUUAAGACACACCAAAUUUUAUCUGAUUUCUUCCUAACUAAACAUUUAUACUAAAACAUCACGUCAUUUCAUAUGACAACACACAAACACCAAAGUACACAAUAAAUUAUAUAGUUUAAAGAAAUAAAUAGGUAACUUUACAAACUAACGCCCAUACUCAAAGACGAUAAAUUAAAGUUGAAUGACGUUUCUGAUUGCGUUAGUUAAUGUUAAUGUUAUUUUAUUGAAAUGUACACGUAAGUUCAUAUCGAAAGCAAUAAAAUUGGUAACUACGAUGUAUAAGAUAUUUAAGACAUUAACAAAUGUGUAUUAAAUAUUGUUUUUAAUGAAAAGAGGUGAUCUAUAUUGUAUGACUCUAACGUAGCAUUAAAAAUGCCUUAUAUCAUUUAUACACUUUAUAUUUUAGCUAAAUUAAUAUGUGCUAAAUGUUGAUAGUUAGUUGUAGUUAAUAGAAAAGUUGAAUUAAUCACAAUAUUUAUAUAGAAUCUUUUAUGAUUGUCUUCCUUUGUUGUUUUAAACGGUACCGUUGUGUAAUAUUAUAGCAUCGGUGGUAUGGAAAUUAUUAGCGCAGUUCACUUCACGAUGACAGUGAUAAAAAGUCGACGUUUAGUAAAACUAUACAAUCCUGAACCUCAUCUGUUAUAUGUUUGUGCCUAUGUUUGGUAUACGG